UUUUACACAUGACGAAAAUGCAUAAAGUCCACAGAAGGCAGCAGUCGACUCAGCACACACAGGUGGAGAAUGGGAAUGGGUCAUGACCAGGAGGAGUUUGCACUGAGUGGACUCGUACGACCUGCAUUGUUUUAGAAUCGUGCGCACUGGAUUAUGCUCUGCACCCUGAUCUGUGGCUCUCACCGCUUCCACUGAGCUUGCAGAUUCAUUAUCGUUUUGUUUUCUCUGAUGGUCAUUGCAUUCUUUAUUGAAUGCAAACAUCGUCAUGUUUAUCAGAACAACUUUUCUCCUCUGCUUUGUGGUCUCGCUCUCAAAACUUGUUCGGUGCAUGGAAAGUGAACUCUGCUUCCCUAUUAGAUUGGAUAACCAUGACAGGAGGGAUUUUGACAACGACGUGGAUAUCCUUAAUGAAAAAAGUGUCCUAAAAAUAAGAGCUUUUCAGCAGGAAUUAGUGAUUGAUUUACACCAGGACUCUAAUUUCAUAGCCCCUUCCAUUUCUAACCAAGACGCAUUCUGGCUCUCCAACGCCGAUGUUACCACUGACCUGAGCCGGUGUUUUUACUCCGGAUAUGUGAAUGCUGACCCACAUUCUUACGCUGCUUUGAGCCUCUGUAAGGGUUUACAAGGUGCAUUUGGCUUCCACGGCUGGGAAUAUUUCAUCAGCCCGGUGCAAAAUGACACCACAAGCGCGGAAGGCGCGCACAUCAUCCGGCGCAGAACCAGCAACAACCUGAAGCUUAAUUCAACCUCUAGGUGCGCAGUGGACAGCGACAUAAGUCUCCAGGUUGCGCAAUUGUUGGAGAAAUACAAGCGACUGCAAGAUUACAGCAAUGUGACCGAAACGAUGCUGAGGAGGAUGGGGAGAUCCAAAAGGUUCGCUUCAAUCCCCCGGUUCGUGGAGACGCUCGUGGUGGCGGACGAGUCCAUGGCGAAGUUCCAUGGAGAUGACCUAAAACACUACCUCUUGACAUUGAUGUCAGUGGCAGCGAGACUCUACAGACACCCCAGUAUUCUCAAUUCCAUCAACAUCUUAGUUGUGAAGAUCGUCAUUUUAUACGAGGAGGACAAAGGACCCAAAGUGUCCGGGAACGCAGCCAUGACACUGCGAAACUUUUGCACUUGGCAAAAAAAGAUGAACAAAAACAACGACAAGCAUCCAGACUACUGGGACACAGCAAUCCUCUUCACUCGACAGGACCUGUGUGGAGCCUCCACCUGUGACACUCUCGGCAUGGCAGAUGUUGGCACCAUGUGCGAUCCGAAGAGAAGUUGCUCAGUGAUCGAAGACGACGGCCUACCUUCAGCCUUUACCACUGCUCAUGAGCUCGGACACGUGUUCAACAUGCCACACGACAACGUGAGGGCCUGUGAGGAUGUGUUUGGGAAACUGCAAGACAACCACAUGAUGUCUCCCACUCUCAUUCAAAUCAACCGCACCAGCCCCUGGUCCCCCUGCAGCGCUGCCAUCAUCACUGAAUUCCUGGACAGCGGGCAUGGGGAAUGUUUGCUCGACCAGCCUCAAAAACCAUUGGUCCUCCCUGACGUGCUGCCGGGAGCAUCCUACAUCCUCGACCGUCAGUGUGAGCUUGCGUUCGGAGAAGGCUCCAAGCCCUGUCCCUUUAUGCAGCCACCAUGCGGCCGUCUGUGGUGCACAGGGAAGUCAAAUGGCCAUUUGGUGUGUAUGACGCGGCACUUCCCCUGGGCGGAUGGCACCCAGUGUGGGGAAAAUCAGGUCUGCGACCGAGGGGUCUGCUCCGAAAAACGGAUCCAAAACGCGAGGGUGGACGGCCGCUGGGGGAAAUGGGGUCAGUUCGGUUCCUGCUCACGCACAUGUGGAGGCGGCGUCCAACUAUCUAAGAGAGAGUGUAACAACCCUGUUCCGUCACACGGGGGUAAAUACUGCCAAGGGGUUCGGGUCAAAUACCGCUCCUGCAACCUGAACCAAUGCCCUGACACAGGUAAGACUUAUCGUGAUGAGCAGUGUGAGACCAGUGGCCGCAAUUUCAACAGCAACCGCAUCGACCCCUCUGUGGUGUGGGUACCCAAGUACUCCGGAGUGUCCAUGGAUGACAGGUGUAAACUCAUCUGCAGGGCUAACGGCACUGGCUACUUCUACGUCCUGGCACCCAAGGUUGUAGAUGGGACGCCAUGCUCCCCAGACUCCACGGGAGUUUGUGUCCAAGGGAAGUGCAUCAAGGCCGGCUGUGAUGGAAAAAUUGGCUCCACCAAGAAGUUUGAUAAGUGUGGAAUCUGUGGUGGUGAUAGCAAGGGCUGCAAGAAGGUGUCAGGACUCUUCACAAAGCCCGAGCACGGCUACAACUUUGUGGUCAUGUUACCAGUGGGUGCAGCCAACGUAGACAUCCGUCAACGAGGCUACCAGGGAAUGAGGAACGAUGACAACUAUCUGGCGGUUAAAAACAGCGAGGGCCAAUACCUGCUCAAUGGGAACUACAUAGUCUCAGCUGGAGAGAGGGACAUCAUUGUAAAGAAAAGCCUGCUGCGUUACAGCGGCACAGCCGGCACCUCUGAGACCCUGCAGGCUGUGAAGCCCUUGGGAGAAUCCUUGACUGUGGAGGUGCUGUGUGCAGGCCAAAUGACGCCUCCUCGCAUCCGCUACUCCUUCUACAUCGCCCGUCAAACCAAGGAGGACAAGACUCUGAAGAAGGAAGGGCGUGUGAACUCCCAUAACAGUGUCCUGGCUGAGGAUAGCAUCAAGGAGAAGGGGACGGACACCCUGAAGAAGUCUUACAGCAAGGAGGAUACUGCUCUUGGGAAAUGGAUAUCCGCAAGCUGGGACCAGUGCUCAGUGACCUGCGGUAAUGGGAUCCAGAGGAGGCUGGUGCAGUGUCUGAGACCGGACGGGAAGCCAGGGUUGGACUGUGAUCCUUCACAAAGACCUUCAGCCACCAUGGUUUGUGGAGACCCCUGUCCUGAGUGGCAAAUCGGGCAGUGGUCACCUUGCUCCAGAACCUGUGGGAAGGGAUUCAAGAGACGGCCGUUACAAUGCAAAACCCAAACUGGGCAUCUGCUUCCAAGGGACCAUUGCACUGGCUUACGCAAGCCACAGGAGCUGGACUUCUGUAACCUAAGGCCUUGCUAGUGACUAAAACCCAUAAACUAUGUUCAUAUUUUAAAUGGACUGAGCUGAAUCAACCUGCAAGUAUCUCACACAACAUGUCUCACAGAUGCAGUUUUCCACCUGCAUAACGGGACACUUGCUUGGAAGAAGAAUAUUGGAAGGAGAGUGAAAGCCGCAGGAUAAAUGCUGGAAGAUACUUUUGACUGCCAUCACUCUGACUUCAAAAGACACGAUCCAGGUCUAACUCUAAAGGCAGAAUAACAUGACAGAAGGUCAAAUACAAUGUAUUCGAAUCCCCUGAGCUGUCUGCAGAUAAAGAAUGCCCAUUUGCAAACAAUCAAUCUAGUUUACCUUAUGAGUCUGGAACCCAUUUCAUGUCAUAAUAUUUCAGCCGUUCAGGUUUCAAAGUUUUAGUUGAGUCUUGCAAAAAGAUCAGCGAAGCCUUCUGGUUGUCCAAAAAAAUGACAGGAUUGAUGCACAUAACUUUUUAUAAACUGGACGAAAACACAAAGUCCAUAAUACUUCACACAGAGAGGGAGAAUCCACUUUAUGACUGACAUUAUGAGCAAACUUUAUCUGCCAUUUUAUAGGUGUUCUUUUCAGGGAAUCUUUAAAAAUCAUGGAAUUGAUUCAGAAAUGAAACAGGCCACAUAAUUUAUGUUGUUGUACAGAUGUGGCCUUACUGCUGCAUUGUUUAUACAAUGCAAAUAUAUAUGCACAUAUAUUAGCUCUCUUGCUCAGCAGCUAUGGUAAAUCAAAGUUGAUACAAGAUUGGAUAGAUUUCUACAGCAACCAUUGUGUUUUGAACAUCUUGUCCUCCAAAAACUUUCAAAGAAACAAACAAUAGUGAUGCAGCCAGCAUUUCUCCUCCAACACUAGGAAGCUUUAGAUGUUGAUUUUGUGCAGACUUCACUCAGCGCCAGUCAUGGAAACAGUUUAAACUAGAAUCUGAAGUCACACUGGUAGCUUUCAUGACAGAUCUGACUAAACAAAGCAGGGCAUGAGACAAUAGCCAGUGGUCCCUGUUAGCUGGUGUGGUUGCCAGCGGAGGGAUUUCGUCAGGCUGCACCUAACAUUGCACUGCUCAUCUGAGAUAAGGGCUCAACCUGAUAUCACACUCACAUGCAGACACACACACUCACAUGCUGUGUUCAAUUCCCACCUCCUGUGUCCAACACGUUUGAUUGCUUCCUUCAUUUCCUCUAUCAUUCGACCACAACGAUUGUCCUCUCGGUUUAUGGUGUUCAGCCAUGUUGAGUCAGGCCUGUCUGGCACAGUUACCACAGAUAAUUUAUUAUCAAUGAAACAAUAAAGCAGAGAGGCGAAGAAAAACUGGCAAGCCUUCGGUCAUGCUGUACAGAAUGUGUGUUUUCCCGGAUCUCCUCCUUCAUGGCCCCACAGCUCGAGCCAAGCUGUUCUUUCUACACUCUCGAUGAAAUCCUGUAAUCUAUUAUACUCUUGUUGUGUUUCUUGAAGGGGCCACAUUGUCCAGUCCAACAUCCAACUACAGGAUGGAUCCUGCGUCGGUUGGAUUAUUAUUUCUGUUUUGUUUUUUUUAAUCAGCUUUUGCACUUUGUACAGCAAAAGAAACCUAUGACCUACAUGGGCUGUCUUAUAUACUAUGUAUAUAUUUAUUCAGCUCGGUGCAAAAAAUAAUGUAAAUAUUUUUUAAAUCUUUUUUUUUUUUUUUUUUUUUUUACACAGGCAUUUGUAAUUGUCUUUGACUUAAGUGUAUUUAUUCCAAAAAUAAAGCCAUUCAUGAACA